AUGAGACCUUCUGCGACUACCUUGUUCAGCCUGGCGGGCCUUUUGCUGCCCGCGCCUGUGGCCGGCAGAGCUACCUCACCAGAUGUGUAUCCAACCCCUCAGGGUCAAGGCAAAGGGCAGUGGGCUGUCGCCUACGAGAAUGCCCGCGCGUUGGUUGCUCAGAUGACGCUCGAGGAAAAGGUCAACAUCACCCGCGGCUUCAAGGCGGACAAUACCUGCGCCGGGACCACCGGCUCCGUGCCGCGCCUCAACUGGCCCGGCAUGUGCCUUCACGAUGCCGGAAACGGCGUCCGGGCCGCCGAGCUGGUCAACGCGUACCCCUCGGCGCUGCACGCCGGCGCAAGCUGGGACAGGAACUUGACGCAUCAGCGUGGUUUUUACAUGGGAGGCGAGUUCAAGGGAAAGGGCAUCAACAUUGCCCUCGGUCCGAAUGCCGGCCCCUUGGGACGCACGCCCCUGGGUGGUAGAAACUGGGAAGGCUUCUCCGUGGACCCCUAUCUGUCUGGUCAGCUCAACGCGGAAACCAUCACCGGCAUUCAAAAGGCUGGCGUCAUUGCCAACAUCAAGCACUUCAUUGCAAACGAGCAGGAAACUCUUCGCCGUCCGUACUUUGGAGUGGAAGCCGCCUCCUCCAACGUCGACGACAAGACGCUUCACGAGUACUACCUGUGGCCCUUCAUGGACGGCGUGCGCGCCGGCGUCGGGUCCGUCAUGUGCUCGUACAACCGCAUCAACAACACGUACGGCUGCGAGAACAGCAAACUCAUGAACGGCUUGCUCAAGGGCGAGCUCGCCUUUGACGGCUUCGUCAUGCUCGACUGGAACGCGCAGCAUAACCUAGGCAGCGCCAACGCCGGCCUCGACAUGCUCAUGCCCCUCGGCGGCAGCUGGGGCCGGAACCUGACCGACGCCGUGCGCAACGGCACCGUCCCCGAGCCACGCGUCACCGACAUGGCCACCCGCAUCGUCGCCUCCUGGUACCUCGUCGGCCAGGACCGCGACUUCCCCGCGCCCGGCGUCGGCAUGAAGAACCUGACCGAGCCGCACGAGCUCGUCGACGCCCGCAGCCCAGCGUCCGCGCCCACCAUCCUGGAAGGCGCCGAAGCCGGCCACGUGCUCGUCAAGAACACCAACAAUGCGCUUCCCUUCAAGGGCAAGAUGAAGAUGCUGUCGGUCUUUGGCUACGACGCGGCCCUGCCGGCGACGAAGAACACGGACGUCCUGUUCCAGCUCGGCUACUACUCGUCGCCGGAGAUGGCGCAGGCGGUGCUCGGCACCGAGGCGUACUUUGACCAGGCUGCGCGCCUCGGCACCAUCAUCAGCGGCGGCCGCGCCGCCGCCACCGCGCCGCCGUACAUCCUCGACCCGCUGCACGCCCUGCAGGAGCGCGCCGCGCGCGACGGCACCUGGGUCAACUGGGACACCGCCUCCGGCGCGCCGCAGGUCAACCCGGCCUCGGACGCCUGCCUGGUGUUCGUCAACGCCAUGGCCACCGAGGGCUGGGACCGCGACGGCCUGCGCGACGACUUCAGCGACGGCCUCGUGCUGCACGUCGCGGCGCGGUGCGCCAAUACCAUCGUGGUGGUGCACGCGGCGGGCGUGAGGCUGGUGGAUAGCUGGAUCGACCACCCCAACGUCACGGCGGCGGUGCUGGCGCACCUGCCGGGGCAGGACAGCGGGCGCGCGCUGGUGCGCCUGCUCCACGGCGAGGCGGGCUUCUCCGGCCGUCUGCCGUACACGCUGGCGCGCAACGAGUCCGACUACCCCGUGUACCAGCCGUGCGGGCGGCGCGCGAACGGGACGGACCCGCAGUGCGACUUUGACGAGGGCCAGUACCUGGACUACCGCGCGUUCGACGCCCGCAACGUCACGCCGCGCUUCGAGUUUGGCUUCGGCCUGACCUACACGACGUUUGCCUACUCGGCGCUGUCCGUCUCGGCGCACAGCGUGCACAGGGGCGUGAUCGGCGAAGCGGGCCUGGACGAGCUGUUCGAGGUGGUCGCCCAGGUGGCGGUCAGCGUGGAGAACACGGGCGCCGUGGCGGGACACGAGGUCGCGCAGCUGUACCUGGGCAUCCCGGGAGCGCCGCCGAGGCAGCUGCGCGGCUUCGAGAAGAUGCGCCUCGAGCCGGGGGAGGCGGGCAGGGUGACGUUUGAGCUGACGAGGAGGGACUUUAGCCAGUGGGAUGUGGUGCAGCAGAGAUGGGCGCUGCAGCCGGGAGACUACAAGAUAUACGUCGGUGCGAGUAGCAGGGACAUCCGCCUCACUGGGAACAUCGUGGUCAGCGCAUGA